GAGAGUGAGAUCAAAAAGGCAGCACAAGCGGGCAACAAGCAGGCAUGCACUGUGCUUGCCAAGCAGCUGGUGCAGCUGCGCAAGCAAAAGACUCGCACCUACACGAUGCAGUCUCGUGUGUCGGCGGUGGGCGCACAGGGCAAGGCGAUGUCUUCAAACAUGGCAAUGGCAAACGCAAUGUCUACGACAACAAAGACGAUGCAAGGCAUGAAUAAGACCAUGGAUCCGAUGAAGGUGGCCAAGACAAUGAAGGAGUUCGAGAUGGCAAACACGAAGAUGGAGAUGAGCGAAGAGAUGAUCAACGACACUCUCGAUGACAUCCUGACAGAGUCGGGAGAUGAAGAAGAGGAGGAUGCCAUUGUUACCCAGGUGCUUGAUGAGAUAGGGAUCGAGAUGACAGGCAAGGUUGCUGCCGCUCCCACUGCAGGUAAAGGGCAGCUUGGCGAAUUGUCUAAGGCUGAGGUGACCGACGCUGAUAUCGAGAGGCAGCUAGCACAGCUGAUGAAAUCAUAGCAGGUGGCAGCACUGAAGCAAGCAUCAACACUGUAGCCAGGGUCGUAGCUUCGGGGGGGGGCCCUAGAUUUUGGAGCAAAAUUUAAAAAUAAGCUUGGCUAUUAAUCGUAAAUAACCCUAACGAGAU